GUGGUUGCGUGGACUCAGUUGAAGUUAGAUGCUGUUGGUGAAGAGACGUCCACAUAUAGCUCUUCGAGGGUAUGGCGAACGUUGGCAACUCUUCGCAUCUUAUUCUUGUGCUGAUUUUUUCCAUUUGUCAAGGAGGUCUCGGCGGAUCACUAGAUAACAUCCGUACCCAAACUUCCGUGGAUAUCCAAGCACAAGCCGUCAGAGACCUAAUUGAACGCCUGCUUCCCGAACGUGCAAGUGAAUUUGAUGUCAAAGUUGAGCCUGGCUUGCUCGAAGACGAAAAUGGAUACUUUCAAGUUAUCAAAACGCCAGAAAACACUACGGUGUUCCUUCAAGGAUCCACUGGUGUGAUGGCUGCCUGGGGAUUCCAUUAUUAUUUGACUCAAUUAUGUCAUUGUCAAGUUUCGUGGGAUGCAGAUCAAUUGGACUUACCCGCCAUUUUACCAGAAAUUUCAGUGCGAAUCACUUCUCUUGACAAAUUCCGCUACUAUCAGAACACAUGCACUUCCAGUUAUAGUUUCGCUUGGUGGAAGUGGCCGCGAUGGGAGCGUGAAAUUGAUUGGAUGGCAAUGAACGGGAUCAAUUUGCCCUUAGCUUUUACCGGACAAGAGAUCAUUUGGCAGCGCGUCUACUUGGGAUUGGGUCUCAAACAGGAAGACCUUGAUGAACACUUUGCAGGCCCAGCCUUCUUUGCCUGGCAAAGAAUGGGAAAUUUUCGCGCUUGGGGUGGCCCGUUAAGCGACAACUGGCAACAGGCGACUCUUAUCCUUCAACACAAGAUACUGGAGCGAAUGCGUUCCUUUGGGAUGACUCCUGUCCUUCCAGCUUUUGCUGGGCAUGUCCCAAGGGCCAUGGAAAGAGUUUAUCCUAACGCGAGUUACACACAUCUGACUUCAUGGUUAAACUUCCAAGACCAGUAUUGUUGUCCCUUAUUCCUUCAACCAACCGAACCGCUGUUUACUGAAAUCGGAUCACGGUUUAUUAAAGAGAUGGCUUUGGAAUUUGGCUCGGAUCACAUAUACAAUUGCGAUGUUUUCAAUGAAGUGCGACCCACGCAGGCAGAUCCCGUCUUUGUAUCAUCUGUCGGAACCGCCGUUUUCAACGCCAUGACAACAGCGGACCCUGACGCCAUUUGGUUGAUGCAAGGUUGGCUUUUUAAAAGUGAUGCGGAGUAUUGGACAGCUGAUUUGUCAAAGGCUUUACUAACUUCUGUUCCCCAGGGCCGUAUGCUGAUUUUAGACCUUCAAGCUGAACUGGAUCCUCAAUACAUCAGACUCAAUUCUUUUUACGGGCAGCCUUUUGUGUUCUGUCUGCUGCAUAAUUUUGGAGGAACGUUGGGUCUCAACGGUGCUAUUCAAAUAAUAUCCCAGCGCGUCAUUGACGCUAGGAAUUUCCCGAAUUCGACGAUUGUAGGUACGGGACUGACUAUGGAGGGGAUAGACCAAAAUUACGUCGUUUAUGAUAAAAUGCUUGAGAUGGGUUGGAGAGAUAAAGUGCCAAACUUGAAUCAGUGGUUUGACGAAUACACGGUGAGAAGGUACGGAAUCAACAACACAGCUGUUAUGUCUGCUUGGCGGUUCUUACAGCGAAGCGUGUACAACGCGUCCAACAAAGUCGCUCGCUAUAGAUAUAUUGUUCUCACUCGUCGACCUAGCCUCGUCUUCAAACCACCACCCCCGGUGUGGUACAAUCCUCACGAAGUUAUUUUAGCCUGGGAUCACCUCAUUUCCGGUUUGAUGACCGAGCCCUUAUUAUCCAACGCUUCCAACUUCCGUCACGAUAUGGUCGAUUUGACGAGACAAUCCAUGCAGGAAAUUUUUCAUCUUUUAUACAGCAAACUGUUGGAGGUUUACCUAGAGAAGAACUCGACCGCCAUAGAGGGGAUCGCUUAUAAAAUGAUUGAUUUAUUACAAGAUCUGGACGAAUUACUCCAAACUGGGAAAAAAUUUCUUUUAGGCAAAUGGAUAGCUGACGCCAAAUCUUGGGGAACGACUGAAGGGGAAAAAUUACAGUACGAGUGGAAUGCUAGAAAUCAAAUCACUCUCUGGGGUCCGCGAGGAGAGAUACGAGAUUACGCCACCAAGCAGUGGGCCGGAGUAGUAGCCGAUUACUAUAAACCUCGCUGGGAGGUUUUUAUCAGAGAAAUGCAAAUGUCCCUGGAUGAGAAUAGAGCAUUCAAUAAGAAGGCCUAUGAAUCUCUUGUCUUUACUGCGGUAGAAGAACCUUUCACGACGAGCACCAAGCAUUAUCCAGACGUGCCAAUAGGGGAUCCCAUAGUGAAGGUGAUGACGCUCUACGAUAAAUGGAGGAAGAUUUAUCAACAAGACAGCCAAAGCCUCUCUACGAAAGCUCGAAAAUUGUGGCGUGGUCAAUCACUGCCCGACGACAAAGUUAAAUCCGCCAAAAUCAAGCAGCAUCCACGCAAGCAACCACUGUCCACUACCAACAAAACUCCCCCAAUCGUCCCGGCUCAAUAGUUACGUACCAUACACACUUUUUGUUUAGAAAAUAAUUUUACCUAUAAUCAAUCAAACGCUUACGUACCUGACGUAUGUAUUGACGUAUCGAUCCGGAAUCACAUUCAAUAGUCACAAUAAAAUUUCCCCUCGA